AAGCUUAGAAUUAAAAGAAAAUGGCGGAAGAAGUGCAAAAGGCGUUGGAGGAUAUGAUUCCAGAAAUGGAAGAGAUGCAAAGAACUGGUCUUUUCACCGAAGACGAAAUUAGGGCGAUGGUGCGGAAAAAGAAACAUUUCGAAUACAAGAUUCGGAGGUUCAGAAAGCGGAAGGAAGAUUUUCUGAGUUACAUCGAUUACGAAGUAAAGCUUUUGUCGCUUCUCAGACGGCGGAGAAAGAAAACGGCGUAUUAUUUCAAGAAAAGAGAAAUUGAUUUCUCCAUCAUCGCCAGAAUAAAUCGGCUUUUCCGCAUGGUGUUAUUCCGGCAUCAGGGAGAUAUUAAUAUCUGGCUAUCUUACCUGGAUUUUCUUCAGAAAAUCAAAAUGAACCGGAAAAUUAGUGCGGUAUAUAUCCGGAUGCUCGCUGUUCAUGGAGAUAAACCAGAAGUUUGGGUAGCUGCAGCAAGAUGGGAAUUCGAAAGGAACCUCGCUGCGGACGUAGCGAGGAAACUCUUAUUGCGAGCCCUCAAGCGACAUCCAAAAUCUCACCAAAUUUAUUCUGCGCAUUUCCAGAUGGAGUUAUCUAAUGCACAGAAACUUCGAGAUGAAAUGGAAGAGUUUACCGAAGAAAAUCUUCGUCCCAAGAAAAAAAUGAAAAUCACUAAGACCUUAUCGAAAAUGGACAAAGUUUCUGAAACAGUGCUUUCUGGCACCUUGGCAAAAAUUGUUGCGGAAGAAGCGCUGAAAGAUGUACCGAAAGACGAAGUGCCUGCUCUAGCAGUUAUUUUCCUUUCUAUUGCGCAUAAAUUCGACUUCGCUCAAGAUGUUAGGAGUUGGCUGGUCAGUAAACUCGUAUCCGAUUUUCCCGACUGCAAUAUUACCCACGACACAGUCGCCCGACGUUUCCUGGACAAGGACGCGUAUGAAGAAAAUGAAGUGCCUAAACUUAAGACAAGAAUCGAGAAUUGCUGUAAUGCUUACGAGGAAUCAGUGAAGAGUAUUGAUACGGAGAGCAUGUGGGGCAAAUAUUUGGACACUGUCGCAGAUUUAGAUGCGACGACCAUGAGCAGAGUGAAACGGGAUCCUGAAAGAUACUUUCAGCUCUUGUGCCGAGCAUUUGAAGCCAAGCGAAUACCUGUUGACCAUGGUUUGCAAUUGGUUUCUAUUCUCCAAUCCAGAGAAGAAACUCAACGAGCAUUCGUCACAUUAAAUAGUAUGAUCGAUCAAAAGUUGGCUGACGGAAAUAACAGUGACGCUGCUAAACUUCUGAUGAAAAAGAUGGAUCUCUUGGUAUCGACGAAAUCUGUAAAAUUCGAAGAAUUUGCCAAAGAAUUUUUCGACGUACAGCAGAUUUUGUAUAAUAAAUUCUUGCAUAAUGAUGCGGAGAGAGUUUGCACGACUGCCGCCGAUUGUCUGCUGAAGAACCAUUCUUACAAGAGUGAUCCGAAUGUGAAAGAUUUUUUCGAACGAAGUUUCCAACUGGAAUCGAGGUAUUGUACAUUGUUCCGUGGGGCCUACAUUCACUGGUCGUUUGCAACAAAAGGAAUUGGAAGUGCGAGAGCUGCGUUUAUGCAAGUGUCAAAUUUGCCGCCUUACACGGAAAAUUGCUUUCGAGCAAUGCUGGAGAUAGAGGAAACAUUGCCCGACAAUUUCUCUAGAUUGCAAGAAAUUUUCGAGUUGUACCUGUUUCAUUUCAAGUCGCGCGCAUCUGUUUGGAUUGAGUUCCACCAAGCAGCGGUGAAAGCUAAAGCUGACUGGUCAACCAUAGCGUCGAUAAAAUCUAGAGCUUCGAAGAGUUUGACGGAAUCGGAGCUUGAGGUAUUCAAUCACUUCCUCGUCACGGGAACCCCUCCUGAUGUAGAUGCAAUCGAAGCGGCGGAUUCCGGUGAUGAAGAUUUGGAUGAAAUGAUUGCCGAUGCGUAUUCAGACGACGAGGAUGCACAGUCCGAUGAAAAGGAGCAACCUGAUUUAGCGGAACAUUUUAUUUCUGAAUAA